AUGUCAAGCACAGUUACUAUUACCAGCACAGGGAAGGGGCUAAAGGCAUCAUCCUCUGGUGCAAUGCGCAUGGAUGGGACUGAUCAUGGCUUUGGCGAUUUUCGCGACGACCUAACCCGAGAUGGCUUUGCCGUUGUCAAAGGGGCCAUAGCGAAGGAAAAGGCAUUGGAAUACGCUGAUAAGAUGUAUUCUUGGCUUGAAGACUUCAACCUGGGUUUCAAACGGGAUGACCCGUCUACUGUUCACAAAGAUAACCUUCCCGUCAUCAACGAGAAGGGAAUGUGUCUGAAUUAUGGACUCGCACAUGAAGACUUUGUCUGGGGAGUCCGCAGUGAGCCCGGCGUGGUCGGCGCUUUCGAGAAGGUUUACAAUGAUGAAGAUCUGAUUGUGUCCUUUGACGCUUCGAACUUUCAAUUUCCCAACCGUACUGAUAUAGCACCCAACAAGCCUUGGCCACAUCAAGAUCAGGAUCCUGCAAAACUUGGAUUCCGCUGCAUGCAAGGUCUGGUGAAUCUGCUGCCCAAUGGACCGGAUGAUGGUGGUCUUAUUGUUUGCAGAGGUGGACACCUUCUCUCCGAAAAAUUCCACCGUGAGAUGGCAGACGAAGAGCGCAUCCCUGCCUGGACCCCUGAGUGGUAUGGUUUCACAGAGCGUGGUAUGAAAUGGCUGGAAGACCACGGCUGCAAAUGGGAAAAGGUUUGCGCUGAACCUGGGGACCUUCUCCUCUGGGAUUCGCGCACUCCUCACUACAACUUGAGUCCUAAGAGCAACCAGCCUCGUUUCGCCAUCUAUACAUGCUUCAUGCCGGUUGCCGAUGCUACACAGGACGACCUUCUGCGCAAGAAGGAUGCCUUUGAGCGUCGUGUUGGAACCACUCACUGGCCCAAUGCGAAGCAUACUGGGUCAAAUGUUGCAAAGAGAGAUGGAGAGAACGACCCGCAUAACCGUGAUGCCCCUGUGAAUGAACCAGUUCUCGGUGAGAGAGCUUUCAAGUUGACUGGUAUCCCUUAUAUCACCAGUGGUGCGACUGCUAUUAUUGUGAACUAA